GAACAGUCCCGAGGUACCUUUGUACCUCAUCAGUAAGUGAACUAUCAGGUAAGUUGGUUGUAAGUUGGAAAAUUUCAAGUCAGUUUUGACUAAAAUUUGAAAUGUAGUGUAGAAAACGGAGUUGCCAAUUAUCGGUCUUAAAAAUGUCGAAAUGUUAGAGAACCAAAUGUGGAGGAACUUUUUUCAUUUAUUUCAACCUUACCGUCUGAUUUUCGAGAGAAAUAAAAAAUCUUUGCAACAAUUUAUACGGUACGUUGGAAUUGCAGGAAACACCAAAUCACUUUAGCAGACCGUUACUUUUGGAAACUCCCUAUUCGCAUUACCUCCUUAUGCUGAGGUGGUAAACUCUGAAGAUGCAUUGAAUUGUUUAUAUCUGAGAAUUCAAAGAUAACUGGUAAACGUUAUCCGAUUUCAGGACUUUUUCCUUUUAUCGAUGAAUCACCUGCCGUUGUUGGUUCUUGGUGCCCUCCUCGUGGCCAAAGAAGGCCUGUGUGAGAAAGGAGCCUUCGAACAGAUUCUGGAAGUAAAUCUUGGAAUUAAAAGUAAGUUUAAAUUUGAGCUCUACUGAAGGCUAUCCUUUGUCAUCUAAAUUUUUCAGACAGAACUCAAACUUGUGAAUGCAAUUCAGAUACAAUGCAAGGGAAAAUAUGUAAUUUCUAGAGAAAGAGGCGACAAUAUCCUAAAAAAUCUGUCCCAGCAUCAACAAAUUUCGAGGAAUUAGUGCUACACCCGUUCAAAUUGAGUCGCGGUAAUUUCCAGACGAAUGAGAUAACUAUGCCACACGAAAACAGGCUAUUCAAGCGGAUCCCUUGUAAUUUAAGGGAAUUAAGGUUUUAAAAUUAUUUACCAGUCGCAUUACAAGAAAAAGGUACCAUGUGAAAUUUUUUAGUCGAAGAGAGGUUCUCAAUAAACUCACAAAGUACAAAAAUUUCGAUAUGAUAACUUUAAGAAGUUUCAUUAUCACCGCGGAUUACAUCUAAUUCUGCGCACACUUCAAAAUUAACCCUGUGUACGGAAUAACUUGUUUCACUUCCUGUUUGAAAAUUCAUUCUUUUGCAGAUAACCCAGAGAGCCAAGGACAGCGCCAAUCAGAUUCACAGCAUCUUUACGAAGGAGACAUAAAGCUUUCAGAGGAGCAGCGACUCAACAACGCUUUGUAUGGAAACCCAGACGGAUCUCCAGGACGCGCUGCAACUAAUGUAGAUAAGAUAAAGUGGCCCAAUGGCGUUAUUCCUUAUGAGUUUGAUUGUAGUGUGGGUGAGUGUUUAACACCAAGGGCGGUUUAAUGAAACAAAUAACUGUUUAAGAGGAAGCAAGAAAGUAUCCAGUCUCUUCCUAACGUUGACUGAAUAAGAAUUUUGGCCAUACUGGCUGACAAUAUAUCCCAGCCAGCGUUUCCCUAAUCUGUUUUGCAUUUAACAGAAGUAUUCUGAAUCGACUUUACAAAUUGAAAAUAGGAAGCUGAUGUUUUAACCAAUUGAAUGCGACAUCUGUUUGCAGCUAACAUGGAUCGAGCGGUACGAACCACAAUGGAAGCUAUUGCCGAAUGGGAGAGCAAAACAUGCCUAAGAUUCGUUAAGAGGACGACUGAGACAGAGUUUCUUUGGUUCCACCGUGGAAAUGGGUAUGACGGGUUUUAUCAGGUCUUACGAGCCAGUUAUCCCCUGAUCUUGAUGGUAUAUCUCGGUUUCUGUAGCAUGAAACGACUUUGAAUAUUGCUGCUCCUUCCUUUUAACCUUUAAACCCCCAAGAGUGAUUAGCAUCUAAUUUCUCCUCACAAUAUCACCCUUGAAUCACUCUUUAAGGUCAUAAGAAAAAAUGGUGUUUAUCACCAACUACAAAAAGCUCGUGAUUGUCAGACAGUUUCUCAAUUAAGCACCUUAGGAAAUGUGUGAAGAACAGUAUGGGGAUUAUACAUACCAAUGUUACGGUAUUAAAGUUGGGUGAUCAUGUAAGUCAAAAGCACUCGCAAAUGAAAGGGUCCCUUCUAUUUGCUACAUGGGUAACUAGGUGAUAACACGAGAAGUUGGAGGACAAACAUAAGUACCGUAAAAUCUCCUCGGCCUCGAAUUAAGCCAUUUAAUCUAAGAUCUUUACCGAAACCAUUAAACGUCCCACAUUUUUCUACAGUUGUUGGUGUGAGGUUGGAAAAGUGUCUGGUCGAGAAACUUGGCUAUCUAUUGGAAGCGGCUGUGAAUACAAGCACGUGAUGACCCACGAGCUUGGACACGCUAUAGGUUUUUGGCACGAGCAGAGCAGACCUGAUAGGGACAACUACUUGAAGAUUAACUGGGAAAACAUUCUAGACAGUAAGUUAUCGAGCUCGAAAAGGCAUUUAAAAGAUGAACAAGGGUGGGCGGCAAGAUCGAUAAAAUGUUAUUUUGCAAAAUCUUUCUCGAUCUCUAGAAUGGUCUGAAAGAAGGCCACAACUUGACCUUCCGAGGUAACGGACGGCGAUUUGCUACUAGUCAAGUCAAUGCUUUUUCUUCCUAGGUAUGGCGUAUAACUUCAAGAAGAAGGUUCAAGGAACGGAGGUAAUCGACUAUGGAGUCCCAUAUGAUUACUCGUCUAUAAUGCAUUACCCGUGGACUGCUUUUUCCAAAAAUGGAAAAAUGACUCUGGAGCCUAUCAGGCCACUGAACGGAAAGAUGCCGUAUAUAAAACUCAGUGACGAUGACGCAUUACAAGCGCGCAGGAUGUACAAUUGUCCCAGUAAGUAUCUUACAAUGCUAUGAUUUGUGGAAGUGACAAAAAUUUACCAGUGCGCAGGGUGUGCAAUUGUCCCAGCAAGUGUAUUAUGAUGCUAUGAUUUGUGGAAGUGACGAAAAUUUACAAGCGCAGGAUGUGCAAUUGUCCUAGUAACUGUCUCACAAUGCUAUGACUUGUGGAAAUAACGAAAAUUUAAGGUGUAACUGAAAGGCCUGGUAUCUUGAAAAAACAAACCAACAAAAGCAAGAAAACAGGAUUAAAAUGUAUCGGGUUAUCGAUCAAUAGUCAUUUGCGAUAUACAAAAUCUUCGAUAUUGUUUACCCUUUUGGUUCCUUAUUGUGAUACGUUAAUACUUAUACCAAGGAUGAUUCUCUUUAGAGAAAACCAAUUUUUUUAAUCAGUUGAAACCAUCUUAAUUUGAUUAAGAAGCUUAUCAUGCAGGUUGCAAAUUUUAGCCCUCUGUUAUUCAACCAAAUACACAGCUUGCUAAAAAUAUCCAUUGCGCAUAGUACAUUUUCUACCAUGGUGAACAUCAAUUUUUAACUAUUUGUAAAUUCAUCUGUUAUUAGGUCGAGCUAAGAGAAACGCACUAGGUAAGUGAUCCCUUUUACUAGCUUUUUUAGAAUUAAUAUAUUAAUUACUGAAUUAAAAUCAGUUCCUAUAAAAUAAAAUGAACGACAACCAUCAAUUCAAUGCUGCACUUUACUGAAAGUUUUCUUGAUAUUGUCACAUACCGUUUGGCGGGUUUUGAAAUAAAUAGAAAAUUCACCUUGUAAACCACAUACUGUCGUGGACCUGAGACUAAAUCCUAUUGUGCCAAGUACAUGUGAGACAGAAAAAAACCUAAGCUCUCUGCGCCUGAGGAUUUGAACAUAAAAACUCCGAACUUAACUUGUGAGUUAUAAGGUCUUGUUAGUUAGCUGGAUCAUAUACUAUCUUCAUAAUUAGAUGAAUGAUAUCUUACCUCUUACUAGUUUUAACUAUGUCUAAAUUAUAUUAUCAAGAGAUAGAGUGAGAGAGUGAGAUAGAUGCAAGGAAAAAACCCUAAAACUUUUGCGUUGGUUUUUAUUUCCAGUAAAUGCCGCUCCAGAAAGGUGCGUAGAUAGAGCUCCAAAAGUCGAUUGCGAGGGCUGGAAGCAAGCCGGCUUCUGCACACAACAUUCCUCCAUGAUUUACCAUUGCAAAAAAACUUGUGAAUUUUGCUCAUCUAGUAAGUAUAAAAGAUACAUCUGAAAGAUCUCUAGCUUCUCCCACCAAAAUACUAAGAUUAGUUAUCUUUUUGGAAAAUAGAAUAGUCGAUAUUUGAUGAGAUUUGAUUGGAUUAUCUACGUCACAAAGAUUCACAACACAGAAAUCAACACACAUCUUUGCGAUUUAUCUAUCCUAUGUGGAAUAAAAUAUCUUCUGCAAUUAAUUUUUGUUGCUGUUUCUGUAGCACAGGGCAUACAAAUGCCAACGCUUCUUUUCUUUCUGAUUUCAGAUAGUUGUAUUGACUUGAAAUCCGAGUGCAAAAAAUGGGCUUCUGACGGAAAGUGUUCAUCUGACAAAGCUUACAUGGACAAGAAUUGUCCCCACACUUGUAACACCUGCAAAAAGUGCACUGGUAUGUUCCACUUCCAAAAGCUAAAUAAACAACCUAACAUAUAACCUUUGGGGAAUCGAAGGAGUUGAGCUCAGAGAUAGGAGUUUAACUUGGAAGUACCUAUCCACUUGGUGGUCGAGGCGGGACUCGGAAACAGGAUAUCUCGCGAUUGCAACUCCGUCGCGCUUACGACUCGCCCACAAUAACGAGGGGUAAAAAAACAAGCAAACAAAAACAAAAAAUUAAGAAAAUAUUAGUUUUCUUUGCCUCUGUUUGGUCAGUCGCUCCAUUGGUGUUAUUACUUUCUGGGUCAGGGGAAUCGUUUUCGUUACGCGUUCUUUAAUUAAAGGGUUGCAAGCUAAUCAAACCUAGUUCCUUGCUCAAGAUAUUUGCUACUACACUUCUACAAAUAUAUUUGUAAAUGAUGAUCUAAAUACGAAGUCAUGUUCAUUAUUGUUUAGUGCAAAUACAAUAAGCAUUGGCCGAAAAACCUUGAUUUUACUUACAAUCUUAGUCUAGCCAGAGACAGCUCAGGGGGUCAAUAAGAAGACGUGACACCAUUGUCCACUAACUAAUGCAAAACAUGUUGAAAAGAGGUACGUUUGUUUUUCACAAAAAGGGAUAACUUAAAAAUAACUACUUCCUAUUCUAAAUUUUAGACCCAUCGCCACAGAUUUGUAUCGACAGAGCUUCAUCAGCGGAUUGUGCCAGCUGGAAGAAGUCUGGAUUCUGUUCCCAACAUUCGGCAUUGAUCUAUCACUGCAAAAAGACUUGUGAUUUCUGCUCAUCUGGUACAUGCAUGCGUGCUUCAAAGGAAUUCUUUUGUGAAAAUGGAUAAUUCUUCCAAGUGUAAACUUCUCCAAAUAGGAAGAUUUUUUUUGGAUUAGCAGAUUAAUCAUCAGCUUCGUCUCAUACAUUUGAUCUCAAACAGGGGCCAAAAUUCAAGAAAACAGAAAGGGUACAAAUUAGAUACAACCAAAGACUUCAAAUUCUUAAGGUGCCUAUUCCGUUUCCACAGAUAACUGCGUCGAUCUGAAAUAUGACUGUAAGACCCGUGCAGAUAAUGAUGAAUGCAGUUCCGAUCCAGUCAAGAUGGAAAUGGAAUGUCCUCACACUUGUGGCUACUGUAACGAGUGUACAAGUAAGAGCCCUUUAGAACACCUUUAUUGAGGUGUGUUGUUUUGAUAGAAUUAGUUUUCUAGUGAUUCCCAACGCCAUUCUGUUCUUCUUCCUCUUCUUUCUUUCUAUCUCUUUCUUUUUUUUCCUUUUUUUUUCGAUAGAGCCAAAACCGACUAAUCCACCCAAACCACCAAACCCGACUAAUCCACCAAUCACAGGGAUACCAACCGUUCCACCAACUUUGCCGAACAGGACAGGAUCGGGUUUGUGCAUUCAUUUUUCCUUGUUUCCUUUAGUUCUAUUUUCAUAUUAUUAAGAACAGAGUGUAUUUACAGGAGGCGUCAAGUUCCUAUCGACAAAAUCCUUUGUUCUCUGUCAAUUACUUGCCGAACAAAGACAUCUUAGGUAUGGAGUAUUAAGUUAUACUGUUUGAGAAAUGACAAGUUUAGAAACAAACCGUCAAAAUACGAUUCAGUUUCGCUGUUUGCAAUUUAAAAUCACUGCAAAGCGAACACUGGGUAUCUGACUCUCUCCUUUUCAGGCUUGAUGUGUGUUGAUAAACGUAAAAGCUGUCCAUCGUGGGCCGCCAGUGGUGACUGCAAAACCAAUGGAUGGACUGAAAGCACCUGUCGCAUUAGCUGCAAAACAAGAUGCGACACGUACCCAAUCAAGCCAAAAGGUAAUAAUUAAGGUAUUUUUAUCAGUAUAAUCAUGAAAAAUCACAAUUUCCUCGAUUGUUAUUUUCCUCUUACUCACUUGCCAAGUUGUUAUCGGACAGUUUGCUAUCGGACAGUUCAAUAUGCCAGUCACAUUCAAAGUUGUAAAUUCAUGUCUGUCUUAAAACUGCUAAAAUAGUAGGGGCGGUAAAAUAUAUAGUUGAAAACCUUAUCACCGUUUAGGCUUGUCCGGAUUGUGUUCGCAAAAUGCUGGAAAUCUCUGGAAUGUAAAAAAGGUGCUAAAAAAUUGCCAAAAAUCUGAAAAGUGGCUACUUAAAUUUCAAAAGUUGCCUACUAAAUUUCUUGAUUUUGCGUUCUUCGCAAUAAUAAACUUAGCUUUGCAGAGUUGCUCGCCAAUUAAGGCGGCUUCUGACUAUCUAUCUCUAUGCAUGGAAAGUUGUGCGUCGUUUAAGCCGAUUAUCCGUUCCAAUGCUUGAUACUAGGCCUGCGAAACAUUCAAGAAAUUUGCAUAAAUCAAAGUUUUUUUUAAAGAAAUCGUUAACUUUAUCGUCCUCGAUAUGUGCUCCAAACCUUAAAGUUGCUCAAAAAUUGCUCAGGAAGGCAAAAAUUGUUCGAGGUUGCUGAAAUGGCAAAAAGUUGCUCAAAAGUUUCCGCGCACACUCGCCUGCCAUUGUUUCCAAAUUUCAGAAACACAAGACACUGACUAAUGCUACCUUCCUAUGAUCUAGGUGCUUGCUCGGAUGGUCUCGGUCUAGGAUGGCCAGGAAACUACAAACUUCCAGACAAUGCUUUUAGUGCUUCAACAGAGUACAGGCCAGGUGAGUAAGAAAUAAUAAAUUCCAUUUCAAAAUAUUCAUCGUCCUCACACCUUUGCCAUUGUUGCUGUGAUUAGAACAACGCAUUUUCCUUUCUUUAUUGGUCAGCCAUUUUAUAACGUUCAUUGAUUUACAUCUAUUAUGCUGUUCUGUUUCACUCGAUACAUGGCGUGCACUUACAAAAUGGAAAACUACGUGAUUUUCUGUGUAACAUGACGCGUAAGGUUUUACCCUUUACACCCUAACAUCAGUAUGCAUAUUCUCCAUACUGUUCUCUAGACAUUUCCUGAGGUUCUGACUAACAGAAUUUGUUCAACAAUCAAGAGCUUUUCUGAUCUUUAGUUGGUGACAUUGUAAGAAAAAAUUGUAUGCAGGUCACCCUUAUGAUUUGAAGGAUUAUAACAGUUUAAAGAAUUUCAACUACAGUAUAAAUACACCAAACCUGAGAGUAAAGAGUUAAAGUCGUGAUUAGACACAAGCGUUUCUGUUGCUGUAUCGUUUCUUGUUUUAUUAGCGUUUUGCGUUCGUUUGGUUUGAUCUUAUGAGAUGGUGAUUGGAGAAUCACGUAAUGACCUUUCUGUUGCCAAAUAAUUCCUUUUUCGUUUGCGUUUUACAUUCGUUUGGUUAUGUUCUCAUGUGCAGGCGAUUGGAGAGCUACGGCAGACAAUGCUCGUCUUUACUUUGAGGAUGACCAAGACAACAAAAGGAUCGGAGCUUGGUGCGCUGAGGAUCGCGAUAACCAGUGGCUACAGAUUGAUCUUGGUCAAACCAAGACAGUAAGGGGAAUAGCCACACAAGGUAAUAUGAACUACACUUGUAACAUGUGGACCGGAAUCGUCAGCGGGCUUUUUUCUUGCAAGAGGAUUAAUGCUCAUAACGUCAGCGAUUUAUCCACCGAAUAAAAACCUUAAAGCUGAUAGAGCGCUUUCUUAUUGAGUGUCGUACAACCAAAACGAUCGAACGUGGCCUAUCAUGAUCAGAAGAAAAGAAAAUACCUUUAAAAGGCAAUGAGAACUCAAAGUUAAAACAUGAAACUAACCACGCAAAGUGCAGGAGAACGCGGGCAAGUCGUGUUGUAUCUGAUUGAUUGAGAAGGUGACGUAAAAUUUCUGGACCAACCACUUACCAAAGUAUAGCAAAAAUAAUGCAAUCCCGAAUUAUUUUUAACACUUAUUUGAAAAAUUUUUAUUGUCAAAUCAUCACGUCAGUAACCAACGAAGCUCUCUCGCUGGGUGCAUGAACGUAACACCAGCGCCUUAUCCACCUUAACAAACCCCAAUUAACAUUUGAUUGGUUUAGUGGGUGGAGCAAUUUCUCUAGACCCAUCACAGAACGCAGAAAAGCAAAAUUAAAUUAAAGCAAUUUAGGAUCGCCUUCGAUUCUUGUUUGAAAAUUGCUUUUCUAAGAUGAUGCCAUUUGCAAUUUUGAAGAUAUGAAAUUGACGAAAUUUUUCAAUCGCUAAAAUCAGAAAAAAAUGUUGCAAGAGCCCUUCGAAUGAGCGCAGUUUGUAAUGUUAUCCAGAAACUGAAAGCUAGGUAAUGUAUUCAAUUUAUAUUUAGCUUUUUAUCUAAAUUUUCCUUAAAGGGCGCGAUGUUUUCCACGAGCACGUCAAAGAAUACAAGCUGGCUUUCAGUAAUGACGGAUCAAGCUUCCAGACUUACCAGGAAAAUGGAAAGGAAAAGGUAAGAAUCAAAUGCUAUUGAGUUAACUUCCAGUUCCUUUGCCUAACUUUUGUUUUUGUUUUCCGUUUUUUUGCUUCCAUCGGGUUGAUGCAAAAGCAAUUUGUCUCUUACUCAUCCACUUUUGGAGCACUUUAAGUAUUCCACGUACCUGCAAAAGUUUGUCCGGUACUUAAAAACUUUCGUAUGUCGUUCUAUCAUUUCAGGUUUUUACGGGAAACUGUGAUCAUUUCACACCUGUGGUGAAUACAUUCAAUCCUGUUAAGACCCGAUAUGUUAAGAUCAUCGUUGUCGACGCGAGCUAUCCCUGCAUGAGGGUGGAGUUAUAUGGGUGCGAUGCCUAGAGAGGUGAGUAUGGCUUAGAAGGAGAGGGGAGGGGUGCUCGACUUCCUUCGCCCCUCCCCCAACCGUUCAUCCUAACUCUAAAUUGAAAGAGGCCGGUUGGAUAAAAAAUCCCGAGCUUGUGACGUUUAUGCGCCCUUGCCCUCAUAUGACAGUUAGAGUGAUUCAAAUACCUACACCAAUUAAAAUACUAGCAUGCGCACUUUGAAAUUCAUGCACCGCUGUCAAUUUGAUAAAUAUCAAAUAUUCGAAGCCUAAGAAAAAGUUUGUUUCAAGUAAUUUUAAAUUCACUUUUGAAUUUCCUUUCUUUUACAGGUCUUCAAGUAAUGAGACUAAGGAACCGUCCUUUCCACAGAACAAAGUUUGCAGGUGCUUGAAUAGAGAUUGAAU